UUUUUUGCUGCUCCGUUUUUUUUCUUCAUCCGAUAAAACCCCAAAACAAAACACAAAAACAAGAAGAAGAAGAAGCACAGACACACAUAGAUAGAUUGGUUGUUGUUGUUAAAAUCAUCAUCUGAGAUAGAUAGAGAGUUAGUGAAGAAAUUGGUUUGCAUGUAGAAAUCCAAAAGAAAAAAACCCUACAUUUGAAUGGAUUUCUACAUGGAAGAAGUAUUAUAAUCUUAUUUAUUUCCAACAAUUGAUGCAGUAGCUAAACAAAGAGUGAUUUUAAUUAAUUAGAAAGAAAUUCUUCAAUUAACAUGAAUGACAGUGAAUCAACUACUAGUUCAGGAAGAGAAGGAUGUGGUGGUGGUGGCGGAGAAGGAGAAGGGGAAGGAUCAAUACAACAACAACAACAUCUUGAGUGGAAAUUUUCUCAAGUUUUUGGUGAACGGGCGGCUGGUGAAGAUGUUCUAGAAGUUGACAUUAUUUCAGCAAUUGAGUUUGAUAAAAAUGGGGAUCAUCUUGCUACUGGUGAUCGUGGGGGUCGAGUGGUUCUAUUUGAGAAGAUUGACGCAAGUGACCAUGAAGACCGAAAAGAUCAAGAAAAGAUGGAUUGCCGAAGUAUUAGGCAUCCCGAGUAUCGCUAUAAAACUGAAUUUCAAAGCCAUGAACCAGAGUUUGACUAUCUCAAGAGUUUGGAAAUAGAGGAGAAAAUCAAAAAGAUCAGAUGGUGCCAGACAGCUAAUGGGGCCGAUUUUCUGUUAUCCACUAAUGAUAAAACAAUUAAAUUUUGGAAGGUUCAAGAAAAGAAGGUGAAGAAAAUAUCUGAGAUGAAUGUUGAUCCCUCGAAAACUGUUGGGAAUGGUAGUAUGGCUUGUUCGAGCACAUCAACCAGCCCAAAACCAUAUCUUUCUAAUGGAGGGAGUCCACAAAGAUCCUACAAUUAUUUGAGCAAUGAUUUCUCCUUUCCUCCUGGGGGUGUUCCUUCACUACAUUUACCUGUUGUAGUGGUAGCCAACCAUGAGACAAGCCUAGUGGCUAGAUGUCGCAGGGUAUAUGCUCAUGCUCAUGAUUAUCACAUCAACUCAAUUUCAAAUAACAGUGAUGGGGAGACCUUUAUAUCAGCUGAUGAUCUGCGGAUAAAUCUUUGGAACCUGGAAGUAAGCAGCCAAAGUUUUAAUAUUGUUGACGUGAAGCCUAAAAACAUGGAGGAUCUAACUGAGGUGAUCACAUCAGCUGAGUUCCAUCCUACGCAUUGUAAUAUGUUAGCAUAUAGUAGCUCAAAGGGUUCAGUUCGACUUAUUGAUUUACGGCAAUCUGCUUUAUGUGAUACUCAUACGAAAUUGUUUGAGGAGCAAGAAUCACCCGGUUCGAAGUCUUUUUUCACGGAGAUUAUCGCCUCCAUUUCAGAUGUUAAGUUUGUAAAGGACGGAAGACACAUACUAAGCCGUGAUUACAUGACUCUUAAGCUAUGGGACAUAAAUAUGGAUUCUGGUCCAGUUGCCACUUUCGAGGUUCAUGAAUAUUUAAGGCCUAAGCUCUGUGAUUUAUACGAAAAUGACUCGAUCUUUGACAAAUUCGAAUGUUGUCUGAGUGGAGAUGGAUCGCGGAUUGCAACGGGAUCGUACAGCAAUCUAUUUCGCGUGUUUGGUUGUGCUUCUGGUAGCACAGAGGCAACAACUCUAGAAGCAAGCAAAAACCCUGUUAGGAGGCAAGUUCAAACCCCUCCAAAGCCUGCAAGAUGCACCGGUGCGGUGCGGCGAGGUGGGGAUGCUAGUCCUAUCGAUACAAAUGGAAGUGCAUUUGAUUUCACAACAAAGUUGCUUCAUCUAGCGUGGCACCCAACUGAGAAUGCAAUUGCCUGUGCUGCUGCAAACAGUCUGUACAUGUAUUAUGCAUAGUUAGAGAGAUAAUGGCAUUGAAUGUGUCUUGUUUUGGGCUUAAUAAAAAAUCUUUUCUUGCAA